GUGUCCCCCUGCGUGCGAUAUCCAGCUCGUACAUUUCCUUCCGCCGCCAUCCUCCAAUCUAGAACCAGACAGCAACACAACCCUGCAGUAAAACAUGAGCUUCGCAGUGGAAGAGAGGGGGAACCCGAACUCCCUGAGCUACCGCUUGUUCUUCAAAAAUGCUGAAGGAAAGUACGUCUCACCAUUCCAUGACAUACCAGCAUAUGCUGAUGAGAGUCAGAACAUCUUUCACAUGGUUGUUGAAGUACCAAGAUGGACAAAUGCAAAGAUGGAGAUUGCGACAAAAGACCUGUUGAACCCAAUAAAGCAAGAUGUGAAGAAGGGCAAGCUGCGAUAUGUCGCCAAUGUUUUCCCACAUAAGGGCUACAUAUGGAACUAUGGAGCCAUUCCUCAGACAUGGGAAGAUCCCUCACACAAAGAUAAAGACACCGACUGCUGUGGUGACAAUGACCCCAUUGACGUCUGCGAAAUUGGCAGCAAGGUGUGUUCCCGUGGGGAGGUUAUCAAAGUGAAGGUGCUCGGGAUCCUGGCCAUGAUCGAUGAGGGUGAGACCGAUUGGAAAGUGAUUGCAAUCAAUGUCGAGGACCCUGAAGCCAAAGACUUGAACAACAUCAGUGAUGUGCGGCGCUUGAAACCUGGUUAUCUGGAGGCCACGGUCGACUGGUUCAGGAGGUACAAAGUGCCAGAUGGGAAACCAGAGAACCGCUUCGCUUUCAACGAGGAGUUCAAGGACAAGGACUUUGCCAUUGAAGUAAUCAAGAGCACCCACAACUUCUGGAAGGACCUCAUUUCCCAAAAGACCAAGGCUGGUGACCUGAACUGCAAAAACACAUGUGUGUCGGCCGGUGACAGCCCUUUCUGCUGCUCGGCAGAUGAGGCUACAGCUGCUGUUGGUGAAACAUGUCCAUGUGGAGAAGCAGAAAGUAUCCCCUCAUCAGUAGAUCAAUGGUUCUACUAUGAGAAGAAGUAAUCCAGACGCCAGUUGGAUUGGAGCGGAGUGAAAGGCUCAUCUCUCAGGGAUACUUGAAGAUGGUCUUGCGUUAGGAACCACUGGGAUUACAACAUGGAUGGCUUGGUCUGGGUUGGCUGUUUCAAAGUCAAAGUCUGUAGAUGUUUGCCUGUAGAUGGAGAGAUAAUGUUACGUAUUUUAGAGAACGAUCAAAACAACUAUCAUGUCUUGACCAAUGAAUUUUCACUUACUUAACGAAGAUCGUGUUGGAGAUGUGCUGUCAUAAACAAAGUACAGGUAGAUUGCUCAGUAGAUAACUGACCUGUAUGAGACUCUGAACUGCUUUAAUAAAGCUUCUCGAGUUAAAUUAU